AUUAAAACCACACGCAUAGAAUAAAAACAGAAAUUGAAAGAAAAAAGAAGAAACAAUUUCAGUUUUCAUCUGAAGUCGGCGUAGAAGAAAAACAUCAAAGGUUUUGGAUUCUGUUAUGGACAUAGCAUGUUUCGUCGGCUCUUUUUGCUGUUUAUUUCAGUGAUCACAAUUUUGGGGUGAAUUUUGUCAAAGCUAAUCAAAAAAUGGGUAAUGAAAAAGCCGGUAAAGACAAUGGCGAAAAACAUUACGAAGAAAAAGAGGAGAUGAGACUUUGGGGUAUUUUUGUUUUUGCGUUAAUUGGAGCUACUGCCACCACCUUUGCUGUUACACAAUUACGAAGUACUGUGGAUUAUGUCUACUCUCAGUUGAUGCAGUCGGCACGGAAAGCUCGAGCUGGGGGUUCUUUUAGGACAAGUUUUCAGGAGGAAGCAUGGAAAAGAUAUAAUCGCAGGAUGCGGGAAGAGUAUGAAGAAGAAAUGGAGAGAGUGGAGCGUAUACGCCGUAUGCAAAGUGUUUUCAAUAGGGAGAGAAACAAAUAUAAGAGGAGCUACGAGAGCUGGCAAGAAAAUGGGCCAGGUGCUUAUCAUCAGCACUCCCAAAGGAAUGACUGGUAUUGGAAGGCUGAUACAUCAUUCAGAGACCGGGGAACUAAUUUCAGGGAAGCUCCUAGGGCCAAUACAAGCUACGCGUUAUCACAUCACUACUCGGUUUUGGGCCUUGACAGGUGUAGGACGAAGCCUUACACGGAUGAUGAGAUAAAGUCAGCCUUUAGGGCAAAGGCAAAGGAGUUUCACCCUGAUCAAAAUCAGCAAAACAAAGAGGCUGCUGAAGCAAAGUUUAAGGAAGUUAUGAAGUCCUAUGAGGCUAUAAAGUCGGAAAGGAAGAAUGGCAUGAGCCGAUAAAAGAACCAUGACAAACGAUGCAAAAUAUUUGUAAAAUUUUAAGAGGGUCAUUCUCUACUUGAUGUUGUAUGUAAGUCUAGCUAAUCCAAGUGGUCCUUCGUGAUGGAGAGCGACCAUGAAAGCCAUUUGCUUCUAGCCUUCUGCUUGUUGACUGGUGCAUCUUGUCUGUUGGUAUUCUUGGAUUUUUACCAAGGUUUUCAUGAUACGGUCUAGAAUAGAUAUUUUUUUUUUAAAUGUCACGAUCAUAAGAAGACUUCUACAGCAUAGGUUGUAAUACUUCUAUAGCCGAGGUUGCAACUUCCCAGGAUUCCUCUGCUCACUCCCUUGCUGUGCUAAUUUCUUGAAGAGCUCAAUUCGUGAUGUAGAUUGCUGAAGAUACUGAUUGACAUUGUAUAUCACACAGGCUUUAGUACACUGUAAGUUAGCUCAAGAUGUCAAAUAAAGAUAGAGGCUGUAAUUAGCCUAUGAAUUUUGCCUUGUAUUAUAUCUGAGAUGCCAAGGCUGAAUUGCCCAUGUAAGGUGCUGAAUUAUGUUAUAUGCAGAUGAGUUGGAAAUAUUUGUUCAUUGUAGUAUCA